CGCCCGCGGCGUGCACACACGCGCUGCCCAGCGCCGCAGCCCAGGCUGGGCACGCGCGGGUCCGCACGCGCUCCCCCCACCCCCCCGCCACCCCGCGCCCGCGAUCGCGCCGGCCCCGCGGGGACAUGGACGGAGGAGGGAUCUCCCGGCUGCAGGAGCGGCUCUUCCUGGAGCGGGGAGAUGUCCUGGGUCUGGAUUAUUCCUCCUUGUAUCUGUGUAAACCCAAAAGGAGCAUGAGGAGGGACGACGGCAAAGAUACCUACAAACUCCCGCACCGACUGAUAGAAAAGAAGAGAAGAGAUCGGAUUAAUGAAUGCAUCGCGCAACUCAAGGAUUUACUGCCGGAGCAUCUGAAGUUGACAACUCUAGGACAUCUGGAAAAAGCUGUUGUUCUGGAAUUAACUUUGAAACACUUAAAAGCUUUAACAGCCUUAACGGAACAGCAGCACCAGAAGAUAAUAGCUUUACAGAAUGGGGAGCGAUCGCUGCAGUCCCCCCUCGCGUCCGACGCCGAGGCCUUCCACUCGGGGUUCCAGACGUGCGCCCAGGAGGUGCUGCGCUUCCUGUCCGGGCUGGAGAGCGGGGCGCCCCGGGAGCCGCGCUGCGCGCAGCUGCUGAGCCACCUGCGCGCCGUGGCCUCGCGCCCCCCGCCGCCGCCCGCGCCCCGCGUGCCCGUCAUCCAGCGCGCCCAGCCCGGCGCCGCCGCCGCCGAGCCCGACACGGACACCGACAGCGGCUACGGCGGCGACGCGGAGCCCCGACCCGAGCCCCGCGCCCCGGCCGCCGCCGUCAAGCAGGAGCCGCCGGGGGACGCGGGGGACGCGGCCGCCGCCGCCGCCGCCGCCGCGCCUGCGCCCAAGCGGCCCAAGCGGGAGGCGCGCGGGGCGGCGCCCGGGGGGUUGCGGAGCCCCGACGCCACCUGGCUGGGCCCGCUGGUGGCGCUGGGCUCGGGCGCCGCGUCGCCCCUCGCGCCGCCCCUGGCGCCCCCCCACGCCGCCGCCGCCGCGCCGCUCUGCCUGCCGCUGUACGUGCUGGCGCCCUUCCUGGAGCGCGGCGGCCUGGAGCGGCUGCUGUGCCCGGCCGCCGCCGCCACCGCCGCCGCCGCCGCGCCGCUGCCCCUGCCGCUGCCGCUGCUCUACCCCAACCUGGCCGCCUUCCCCUGCCUGUCCGCCGCCGCCGCCGCGUCCCCGCCCUCGGCGGAGCCGCUGGACCGCCGGAAGCCUGCGCGCUCUGCGUACGAAAACUGCGGAGACGGCGCGGCGGGGCGCCGAGGCCCCAAGCCCAGUGCGCAAGCGCAGUGGCUCCGAGCUCCCGGCUCGUGCACAUUCCUGCGUGGAACCUCGCUGCUUGCCCACUCCUGCGUGGAUCCACGCUGCCUGUGCACGCUCCUGCACGGCGCCACGCUGCUUGUGCACGCUCCCGCACUGUUCCCCUCCCUCCUUCCCUCCCCUCAGGGUCAGGCUCAGGCCAGGUUGCGGUUUGGAGCCUGGCCGGCUGCCCUCUGGUGGACGUUCCCCGCCGCUGCAGGCGCCGUGUCCCUGGCUGGGCGCCUGGCCGGCUGCCGGCGCCUGCUGCCCUCUGGUGGACGUUUCCCGCCGCUGCAGGCGCCGUGUCCCUGGCUGGGCGCCUGGCCGGCUGCCGGCGCCUGCUGCCCUCUGGUGGACGUUCCCCGCCACUGCAGGCGCCGUGUUCCCUGA